ACAAUGUUAUUACAACUAGAUGAUGCUAUUGAAGCGACGUCCUCGAUCGAACGGUUACAGCGUAGCAGUGGCAGACAGCACCAGCAAACGAAGGACACCAUUCUAGCGGACGCCGAUCGGCGGAAUGAAGCCAUCAACAGUACCAUUCUCGGCAGAACAGUUCAGAACGCCACUAGGUCUAGCGGUGUGCGAACGCACACGCACGUAACUGUUGCGAUGGCCCAAGGCAACACGACGCUGGCAGCGGGUCUCGGGCCGAAGGUACCGAGCGCCACCCUGACAACGUCUCCACCCACCGAACAACCUGCUCGCAAGGCAGACAUAUUAAUCUAUCCAACAGUGUCACCGGAAACGAUCGUCGUACCGAUCCUGUCCUGCAUAGUGGGAUUUCCCAUCUUUGCCCUGCUGGUCAUCUGCUGUCUGCGCCGCCGUGCCAAGAUUGCACGCGAACGUGACCGGCGGCGAAAUUUCGAUCUAAAGGCCAACACCAUUACGCUGGUACGCUUCAAUUCGCACCACCUCAGUAAUCAACGCUCCAUCCUGCUACAGUCCGGUGACAGCUUGAGCCGUGGAUAUCCCUCGCUCGAUCUGGAUACGGUGUACGAGGAGAAGAGCGACACGCACUGCAGCAGUCAGCUCGACUCACCGGCCGCUCAUAUGCUACUGACGGACUCACCGCCCGAUACGGACAAUGAACAGUGCUAGCAGUCCGAGAGUCCGGUCCGUUCGAGGGCUCCCAGCCCGGAACAGACCGGUCUAUUACUGCCCGGUCGUACCAACACGAUCACUGGCACGAUCGCAACGGCCGCGUACGGCAUGUACGGCAAGGAUCGUGACGACACCGUGCUGGAUCUUGUGCGAGGCAAGCGGAAACGGUUCCGAAACACCAAACACAAGCGCCUGGCCGUAUCGCACAGUGAAACCAAUCUCACCGGACUGGGGCGUAGCGCUGCGGAUCGUAGUCCGGCGCGAGCACGUGAUGGGAUGAGCGGAAGCUGCAGCACCAGCAGUACCAGCCAAACAAACGCCAGCUUCGACGAAACGGGUAAGGAUGGGAAACAGUCCAAGGUGCGGUACGGUUCGCGUAAAAAGGCACCACGCGUCCAGCGGCAGCGAGAGGUGUGUGAAGGCAUCAGGGCUCCGCUGUGGACCACACUGACCCAUGCACAGACAAUAAGCGAUUAUGAAAUCUAGACACCUUACUGCUUACGCAUGGUACAGAGCUGGCAGGCAAGAGAUGUACCGAUGUCCGAAGAAGCAUUCCCCCCCAGCAAACCCAUAGCGUGCGGAGCAUAAGGAAUUGAUUGACUGGUAGAUAGCAAAUUGUGCAAGAUUUCAUACAGCCAAACAGCAACUUUACAUGCGAAUCAACCGUACGCCGAGCGAGGAUAAUUAAUGAAUCAUUCAACUUCUAGUCAAAUGCUGAACCAUUGUUAAUUAUGAAACAUUUUUUGUAGGCUAAGUGCAACAUUCAAAACUCCAUUGACACCAGUGACACGAGAAACUACCGAACAGAGAUGAUAAGAGUUGAGCAAUAAGCGGGCGCCGGGUUAGGACAAGUUAUUGCAAAGUGUAGCUAACAUUGUUGAACCAUUCAACAAAUUGCUGAUAAACUUUAAACCGAAACGUGGAAAACUUACCAACAUUAAAACCGAACAGGCCCAAAACCGCAUUAAAAAAGCAAAGAGGACAAAUAAUCCUAUUAAUCGUUUGAUUAUACACGUGCAACAGUUGCUAUAUACAUACAUACAUACAUACAUACAUAUAUAUACCUACAUAUAUACCAUGUUGAAAUGAUAUAUCUAUACAAUUUCGUUUGCGCUAUAUAAAGUUUGUAUACUACCAAAUUAAACGGUUUCCUUAAACUUUCGGCGUGCUGCUUGUUGGUAUUGUACAGCUAAAGUUGUAGAGGAAUUUUAAAAAGAAAUGGAAAGUAUGGCAAUAGCACAGCAAGACUUAAUACGUGUACAAUUUGAAUACAAGAAGAGAAUUAAAAACAAAACAAACAAAAAACAGCCAAACGUAAAGGCUCCGCUUCAAUCCAGCGUUUGAAGGCGAGCCAUCGAGACGGGUCCGUUUGUGGUUUCAAAACAUGCUGCUAUCGUAACUGUAUGUAUAUGUAGUUUCAUUACAAAACAAUGCCAAAAUAACAACUUUGUCGAACGUCAAUGUUAAACAGGAAGAAAAUUCUAUAUAUAUAUAUAUAUAUACACUCUUU